GCGAAGCGUAUGGUACCAUUUCAAAGCGGAGCGCAAUGUGUCGCACAUGUGUGUUUCCAGGUGCAAAAUAAAUGCCAUGGAUAACGGAAAAUAUUUUCCAUUUGGCGAGAGCAGCGCAGCGAGAAACGCACCUUUACUAAACUUUACUCGCACUUCACACACAUUGAAUUCCGCGUCGCACGCGGAGAGGCGAGCUGCCGAACGAACCCCGCCGUCAUCUGAUCUGUCGCUCGGGCUCUUCGUCAGGACGCGAUGAAACGGCUCUUCAUCCUCGCGCUCGUCGCCUGCGCGUGCUGCUCUCGUGCUUCGGGUAAGAAGACGCGCUGGUGCACAGUGUCAGAAGCGGAGCAGAAGAAGUGUGCUGAUCUGGCGAAGGCCCUGGCAACAGUGCUGCCCCCUGGAGUGCUGGCCACCUUCGGCAGGAUGUCCUGCGUGCGGGCCUACAGCACGGCUGACUGCAUAAGCAAGAUCUGGGCCAACCGCGCUGAUGCCGUUACCUUGGACGCCGGGGAGGUUUACACAGCAGUGAAGCAGUUUGACCUCACCGCAGUCGCCAAGGAGAUCUACAGAGAUGGGGGCUGUGUGUUUGCUGUUGCUGUGGUAAGGAAUGGCGACUUGAACAUCCGCUCGCUGAAAGGCCACCGGAGCUGUCACAGCGGUGUCCGUUGGACCGCAGGCUGGAACCUGCCACUUGGAUUCCUGCUCUCCCGCAACUACCUGCACUGGGCUGAGGAGCAGCCCCUGAGCCAGGUGGUCAGCGAGUUCUUCAAUGCCAGCUGUGCUCCAGGCACCAGAACCAUGGCAACCAGCCUGUGUGCACUGUGCCAGGGGGAGAAGUCAUAUGUCCCCCACCGUAACAGCCACUGUGAGACCUCCCACAAUGAGCCCUUCUUCAACAGCCAGGGAGCCCUAAGAUGUCUUCGCACCGGCAAAGGGGAUGUGGCAUUUGUGGACCACAUAGCCCUGGAGAACAUUGAUGAGCAGGAGAAGGGCCAUUACAGGCUGCUCUGCACAAACGGCUCACUGGCCCCACUCAGCGACUUCGGCCGCUGUAACCUGGGCCAGGGGCCUGGCGGGGGGGUUGUCACACGGUUCAACUACCGCAGAGUCAUCCGCAAGUUCCUCACCACAAUACAGGUGGCUUUCGGUCGUCAAGGGCGGCAGAGGGAGCGAUUCCAGCUGUUUGAGUCACGCCCCUAUGGCACUGGCAACCUGCUCUUCCAAGAUGCAACGCACAAACUGGCAAUUCUGAACGAUGACAGCGACAUGAGCCAGGUUCUGGGAUUGGACUACAUGGCUCUGCUGAAGGGGCUGAGGCAUGAAGGAAGCACACUGGAGGACAGUGUGAUCCGCUGGUGCUGCAUCAGUGCUGCCGAACAGCACAAGUGUGAGCAGUGGGCCCUGAGCGUCAAGUCGGAUCCGCUGGUUUGCGUUAGGGCUUCUUCCAUGAGCAACUGCAUCGAGAAGAUCAAGAGGGAUGAAGUGGAUGCUGUUUCACUGGACGCCACCCACGCUUUUAUUGCGGGCAAGUGUGGCCUGGUGCCAGUGGCAACAGAAUACUACGGCGAGAAGUGUUUGUCCUGGAAAAACAGAACUGCUGAAAUCGCCAGCUUUAAGAGUGAUGGCGAGGAAAUGUUUCUGCCCAUGUUCGCAGUGGCAGUGGUGCGGCGCUCCAGCAAGAACUUGCUGUUCGAGAACCUGGAGGGCCGCCGCUCCUGCCAUGGUCACAUGUACAGUCCAGCUGGCUGGCUGCUCCCUGCCAGACACAUUGUUGGGUCCCAGCCCAACAGCAGUGCCCCCUGUGAUCCCACCCUGGUGUACAGCCAGGUGUUCUGGAAGGGCUGUCUGCCUGGUUCCAAGGGAGGGCUCUGCAAAGUAUGCGUGGGGGGCAAGGUGGAGCCUGGAAGCAAACGCUGUGUUGACAAUCACAAUGAGCGUUACUAUGGAAACAUGGGAGCUUUGAGGUGUCUGGUUGGAGACCCGAGUGGGAAGAGCUAUGGUGAUGUGGCCUUCCUGGAGCAGCACAACCUAGAGGACAACAUUCAUGGGCUGAGCUCCAGUGGCUGGGCUGAGGGCUGGCUGCCCGAGGACUUUGAGCUGCUCUGUGGAGAUGGGCGACGGGCCCCCUUGUCCCAGUGGGAGAGCUGCCACCUGGGAGCUAUCCCGCCCAGCGUGAUCAUGACCCGUCCUGUGCUUACCAGCCGCGUGUACAACUUCCUCAUGAAGUCGCAGGAGACUCUGGAAUCCCACCUAGACUUGGAAUUCCAGCUUUUUGAGUCGCAGUCGUACGGAGAGAGCGACCUCCUCUUCAAAGACGCCACUCGCUGCCUGAUAUACACCAGCCACCUGGACUAUCGCACUAUCCUGGGGGAGGAGUUCCAUGAAGCUGUCGAGGCUGUGUUCAACUGCACACGCGCUGGUGGGUCAUCCUUACUACUACUCCUUCAGACCGAGGGAGGUCCUGUUUUUCCCACUUGAUGCAGAACUAAACCGUUUUCAUUGUGUUGCUAUAUGCUGUAAGACUGUGCAAAAAGUCACAUCGGUGAGGAAUGGACACAUGUUUUCUGCACGUGUUUCUCCUCUUGCAGAGACCUUGGAGUUCUGCCACCGUGAUGUAUGCAGCAUAUUCUGAGCAUCCCACCGGGGGACGUAACGCAAAGCAGCACUGCAGCCAUGUUUUUGAAGGUCCUAGUAUAUCGUGCUUUAGUGUAGAAGCAGGAAGACUGGGAUGUAACCUGAUACACUAUGUAGCCAAGUCUCAAUGAGUUUCACAUGUGUUGAGUUUGUUUUCUUAAUUUCAAAGACUUGCAAACUUUAGCUUAGUAACGUAAUAAAAUAUGUAAGGAUAACAAUACUGGCAAUAACUUUGAGAGAAUCUGUCUCAAUUGAUGAAUUCUACAUAAUUGUCCUUAAGAAGCACUACUUACAAAUUGAACUAUCCCUGCAAAAUAACAUUCUAAAGGUCUUCUCAAAAGCAUGGAAAUGUGUAAUCCAAUAAUGUAUUUUUAAUUUUAUUAUAUAUUUGAAAACUCACUGUUUGUCUAAGAGAUUUCUAUUAAACUGAACAAAUCUAAAAAUCUGAAAUGUAUACUUAAAAAGCUAAGAUUCAUUAACUUAUACAUUCUCAUUAACCGCUUAUUAAUUCAUGGUCACAAUGGUCUGGAGCUGAUUUCAAAAACACAGCAUGAAGCAGGGUACCCUUGAUGGGAUGACAUUCCACUGCACGGAAAAAGUACCAUUAAAGCCUAUAUUAAUUUAAUACGAUGGUGGUGCUUUAGAUCCAAGUUGUCACUACAGUUAUAUUUUGCAUGGUGUUGGGAUGGUACAGUGGUUUAUUGGGUUGAUAUGAGAGCUGUGGGUUUUAAUUUGCCCCAGGUGCUACAUUCAGCUGUGAAUAUUGGCAGUAAUCAGAAGCACAUAGCCAUUCCCAUUUUUUUCCAACAGUGUCUCAUGUGUUUGUAUUCCUUUGAGAUUGGCCAGUAAUUGUAUGACAUUUCCAUGAACUUCAUAUAUUAAUGACACAAACUGAAUAUUGCUUUGCAAAUAAU